AUGAAUUAUAUUCAAGAACAACCAUUUCAUGUACGUCAUCAGUUUCAUACGCGUCGUUCAUUGAUUGAUAACUUAACUAUUACUUAUGCAUGUAAUCAUGGUAUAUUAGUUCACGGUGUUAAUGACUCAUACACAUGCUUUUGUUCUCCGGCUUAUUUUGGUGAUAAAUGUCAAUAUCAGCAAGAACGUUUAACUGUUCACUUGAGAUUAGAAACAACGAUAAUAGAUGACGCUGACACAUAUAAAAUCCUUAUUCGUCUUCAAACAUCAACGAAUAUGUUUUAUGAUUAUAUUGAUUUUACAUUCAUCAACUAUGAUCAAACACCAUAUAAAACCGUUGUCUAUUUAUUGACUCCAGGUCUACAUCAACAAUAUUCUGUCAAUAUUGAUAUUUUCCAAAUAACUAAAAAUAAUGUCUCCCAUCAUUCAUCUUACCAUUAUCCAGUGUCAUUUACAUUUUUACCUGUUAAUCGUUUAGCGAAACGAAUAAUCAUUGAAAAUCAAAUGAGGUCAAUUUUAUGUUCUAUCGAAUGUUCAUUAAAUAGUCAUUGUAUGUCGUAUGCAAAUAAUGCAAAUAAACAUUUUUGCUUGUGUGAUCCAGGUUGGACAGGCGAUUUAUGUGAUCAGAAAGUAAUGUCGAAUUGUUCAUCAGUAUCGUUACCAUUUCAUUCAAAAUGUAUUUGUCCAUUAGGUCAUUUUGGUGUUAAUUGUUACAUAAAACUUGAUCUCUGUCGUCCUAAUAGUUGUGAACAUAAUUCAACUUGUCUAUCAUUUGACAUAAAGUCACAAAAGAUCAUUUGUCUUUGUCAAAAAGAGCAUUUUGGUAAUCGUUGCCAGAACUCAGCGGCCAACGUCCAUAUACGAAUAAAAAAGCUAUGGAAUGAUCCAUGGUUAAUAGCAAAAAUUCCGGUAAUGCUUGUUCACCUUAUUAAUACUAGCAGUAUGCUUAGACUCGCUAGCAUACAUGAUCGUCUUUUGUUUAAAGAUCUCUCAUUUGAUACGACCAUCAAAGUUACCUACAAAAACCAUCCAGCUUUACCGACAUUUGUUUUGGUUCAGAUCUAUUUUGAUACUCAUCACGAUACUUCAUAUGGUAGUUAUCAUUUAGUCGGACUCUCAGUAUUUGCGAUUUCAUCGAUGCACACCAACAUACUUGAGUCUAAUCGAUGUCCUUAUGUUGGUGAUCUUAUCAAAAACUCAACUAUCAUGCAAUAUUCGUAUCUACAUCGUGUAAAAUAUUAUCAUCGUGCCUGCUUUAUUCUCGGUACUCAUUGUUUUUAUGACGAACGAUACAUCUGCUUGUGCGAUAAUAAUGCAUAUUUCGAUUGUUUCCUGUUCAAUCAUUCUGAUAGUGAUUGUUCACAUUUGGGUCAUUGCUUAAAUGGUGGUCACUGUCUCCAACCGAUGCAGCCUACAACCGACUUUGCGUGUGUUUGUCCAAAAUGUUAUUACGGUAGUCUGUGUCAAUUUACAACACAAAAAUACUCGAUUAGCAUCGACGCUUUACUUGGAUCCAGUAUUCUCUCUGGUCAAAAUCUGGUUCGCCAGACGGCGA